AAUUUGAAAGUUUGUUUUGUUUAUUGUGCCUUGACUUAUCCUGUGUAACAGUGAUAAUCACUACAAUGCAUUGAUUUCAUAAUUUAUCUUUCAGUAAACUUUUCUUUCCUGAUGUCAACAACAAUAAAGAAGCGGUUGGAACAUGCUUUAGAAGUUGGACAGGAAAUUGAUAAAGAACAGAGAAGUACCACAAUAACGAGCUCGUGUGACCAUGAAUUGAGUAUAUCAAACCAAAAAGAAAUCAAUUUAGGUGAUGAAAAUGGUAUCUAUACAAUAGCUCUAAGCCAAGAUGGUAGCGAAGCUGCUGUUGGUCUUGGAAGUGGUAUAUUGCAGCUUUAUAACUGCAGCAAUUGGGAAAAAGUACGAAAACUUCGUACUGGAUUGUUCACAAAUCUACCUUUGCUAGCUGUCAAGUUCUUCCCAUGCAUCACUAACAACACACUUUUUACAGGCGGCUCAGAUGGUGUUAUAAAAGCGUGGAACCUGGAAACAUACACGCACACAAAAUCAACUGAAGAGUCUGGAAAUCAGAUCACUUCACUGGAUUUUAACAACACUGGUGUAUAUUUUGCAACUGGAGGAAAAGAUUGUUGUGUUCGAGUAUAUGAUAGUGAUUCCAUGGUAUUGACUCGAUCUUAUACUGGAACUAACUCCUUAGAUAUUGAUAGUUUAGAAGAUGUAACUGCAACACCUGGUCACUCCAAGAAAGUUUUUGCUGUGAAGUUUCAUCCAGAUGAUAGUAAUAUUUUCUUUUCGGCUAGCUGGGAUCGAACGUUGAAGUUUUGGGACUUGCGCACAGAUUAUGCUGUUAGAACUGUCCAUGGACCUUUUAUCUGCGGCGAUGGUUUAGACAUCUUUCACAAUACUGUACUAACGGCGUCUUGGCAUGCUCAAGAUUCUCUGCAGCUCUGGGACUAUACGAGCGGUCAAUUAAUAAAGACUGUGCCAUACCCCACGCUGGAACACAAAGGAGAAUACUUGUAUUGUGCUAGGUUUUUUGACGAGCAUAAUAUAGUAGCUGGUGGCAGUGGAGCAAAUGAUUUAAAAGUGAUCAAUGUUACCUCCAAUAAGGUUGUCGGUUCCCUAUCAGGCUUUGGCCACCCUGUACAAGCUGUUGAAGUAAUGGAAAAGAAAAAUAUGUUGCUAUGUGGAACGAGUGGUAAUUUACUGCAAACUGCAACUUUGAUAUAAGACUUGUACAAAACUUGGAAUUUGGUACCGUACUUGUACACUGUUUUACUGCGCUCCAAUUGUGGUCUGUGUUCUUUGUUCUCUCACUCACCUUUGAUUUUCUAAAAAUUUAACGUGUGCGUAUUAGAUAUACCGAAGUGCCAAACAAGUCUUUAGUAGUGACCCGUGAAAUAGACUUACAAUUUGUUGUCAACGGUAGGCUAGUCCCAGCGCAGAUAUUGGUGGAGAAUCUAGAAAUUUUGUUGUUGCAAAAAAAAAACCGUAAAAAUAAAUGACAGACGAAAGUGGAGAAUUUCAUAAAUUUUCAAAUUUAAUAUAUAAACUGGAGUACCUGUAAUCCCGCAUUCAUUUCUUUCUUUAAGGUAUUUUAGUAACUGGGACGUUAAGAUACAUAAAUAUAAUAAGUUAAUAUGUAUGGAAUAUAUUUUCAAGUUCAUUGAGUUGAUUUAUAUUUAUUUGACUAUUGUACAUUCCAAAUACUUUGAUGUAUAUAUUUAUAUGUUCUAUAGAUGUAAUAUAUUUUUAACAUAUUUUUGUUCAA